AUGCGGAGGCAGUGGUGCGACAUUGACUUCCAGCAGGGGGAAGAAGCCAACAAGGAGCUUUUGAAGCACCUGGAGAAGGACUUUGCGUCCCAGCUGGUGAAGACGGCCGUGAGGUACAACUUGAAGUUCUGCGGCGCGCUGAGAGGCAAAGCAUCGGUCUACCUCAGCGCCGCUUCGGGCGGUGAUGGUCUGGAGCUCGCUGGCCACGACGACGAGUCCGGGCGCCAGCGCUGGCAGCUCGAGUCCGGCACCGGCCCUUCCCGCCGUGGCCUCGGGGUUGGUUUCGCUUGCGGCUGCCGGGACCUCAUGUGGUCUGGUGGCACCACGCCUGGGCGGCGACUUCUGAGUCGCGGUGCCAGGUGCCUGGAGCUUUGUGAGCACGACGACGGAUCCGGGAGGCAGCGCUGGCAAGUUGUGGCGGGCUCCUCUGGCUGGGUGCUGCGCGCGGCGGUGGGCUCUGGCGAUCCCGGCCUCGGUGCGCCCUACCCUUGUGCCGCUGCUCAGGUGGAGGCGAGUCCCAGCCUGGAUCCACUUUGCUCUCACGGGAAGAUGCAGCGACGGGCGGAGGCUGAAGCAGCGGAGGCAGAAUGGGAGGCCGGGAGGCUUUGCCGAGGCUUUCAAGAUCCCCUGGCCGAGGCCUCGCCACGGCCAAAGGCCCCCGCUGCAGGCGAGCCGGAGGCGAGGGAGAGAGACGAGCUGAUGGAGAUUGUGGAGCGCUCCACAUCCUCCGUGGAUUGGAAGGCCAUGAGCGAGGACAGGAUGAGAAGGGUCCUGGGGCAGAGCAGGAACCUUGGAACGGCCAUCGACCUCGUCGGCGCUUAUCUCAAAAACUACGAGAUAGACAAGGCCGAUCGCCUCUGUGCGCGGAUUUUCCCCCUUUGCCUGGAGCGAGGGGGAAUCUGGCACUUCAAGCUGUUGAACUUCUACACCACCGUGCGCAUGAAGCAGUCCAGAUACCAGGAAGCUCUUGAGAUGUACAAAGAGUAUGAGACCUUGAUUAAGUUCUCUCCGGACGAGGCGUGGGAGCUCUACGACACAGUGUAUCGCAACUUCGGGUGGAUCUACACCAGCCUGCACGACUACGACAAGGCCCUGGAAUACUUCGAGAGAUGCGUCAACGUCAAGAAGAAGCACGGUGUCAAGGCCCAUUGGUUCGACCAGUGGGAUUUGGGUAAGACCCAUGCUCGGCUGUCCCUGCAGCAGGGCCGGCCGGAAAGGUUGGAAAUGGCAGGGCAGCUCAUCGAGGAGGCCCUGGCAAUGCACCGCCCGAAGCCCUCGGAUCUGAUCAUGCGCUGCAAAAUGCUCAACUCAGCCGGGGAGUGCUUCUCGGUGAGGGGCGACUUCUGUAGUGAGCAGAAGGUGGCAGAGCGGUCGUGGGACCGGGCCAUUGCUCUACACGAGGAGUCCUACGAGCUCUACAUGAAGGUGUUGGGGCCGAGCAAGCCGCUGACCGGCUGGGCCAUGGAGGACCUGGCCGGCGCCUACAAGAGGCGCGGCCGGCUGGAAGAGGCGAAGCGCCUGAUCCUGGGAGCUCUCCGCGUGGAGUGCUCCAAGGACAUCAUCAAGCUCUCUUCCAUGGCGCGGCUGCUGGAUGCCGUGCUGGAGCUGCACAAGGAGACCGGGGACCUGGCGGGGCUGGCCGACUGCCAGGACGCCAUCAACGAGGGCUUGGAGAACCUGCAGAAGCGGCGCAUCGACCGAUCGGAGGCGGCGAGCUAUGCGGCUCUCUUGCAGAAGAUCGCACAGCUGCUGCUCGAAUACGACGUGGCCAACCGCGAGGGUGCCGUGGCUCUUCUGCAGGAAGGCCUUGGCUACCUGAACCACCUGGAAGCCGAGCCAGCGCAGACGGAGUCUCGUGACACCUCCCAAAAGCCGCUCCCGGAAUCGGCUGCACCGGAUGGGCAGGAGCGCCUGCACAUUCCGAAGGCCGGUCAGCAAGAGAUGCAAGUAGACCCGGAGGCGCUGAAGACUUCCAUCCAGGAACAGCUGCAAAGUCUCCGGACAUGGCCAUGCAGACAAUCAAGGGGCACGUCCCGUCCAGAUUGCGACCAGGACAUCCAUUUCGAGGUUGCGGGCUCCUCAAGGAUCUGA